UUUAUGUACUUUUAUUCUAUAAAAGGAUUUUGUAAUUUAUCAAACAAUUCGAAAAUUAUUUUAUAAUACGACCGGUAUUUAGGAUCCUCUUAAUGCCUAUAGGAUGAUUCUUAGUUACACGUAUAUGGCACACACAUUAGAAUGUGCUAGUGAAAACACGCGUCAUUACGGCGAGAAAUAAGAACAUUUUCAAAGAAAUUAUGCCGUGACAACCGUCUAUCGGUAGUUACAGACGAUCGUAUUUAUUUUGAAAAUAUAAAACUUUGACCUGUUGAAAUAAACUCGACAAACUCGAGAGUUUGAGGUUAUAAUCAAGGAAACAUAUAAAUAGAAGAAAUUCUGUAAAAUCAAAGAAACUCGUACUGAAUAUAGAUGUCUGAAAAUUACAUGGAUUUUUUUACACGUCGCACGCCUGCGAAAAUUGUUUCAUACUUGUAAAUUUUAAAUGUAGAGACCGUUUAUUGUGAGGUAUGCCUCAGUCUCAGCACAUAAGAACUUGCGUGAAGACCGUUAAACAGCUAUGUCCGUUGGUGACAUUGAUGAGCACCAUAUUCGUCAUUGUGAUUACGAUUUAUAUCAGCGAGAAGGUCUCGCCGGUCUUCGUUUUCCUUUGCAUGCAGGUGUAUCUGAACUGGUACUCGGUGUACAGCAUCAGCUGCAAGUCGAAUCCUAUGAAGAUGAGGGAGGUGCAGAGUAGCCUGUGCAGUGUGGUCACCCAACAGCGCAAGUACGAGCAGCCCAACAACGUGCAGCCCCCGGCCCACAACACAGCCUACAAGUUCUGGCAUUGCGAGCGGUGUCAGAGCUACAUGUGCAAGCCAACGCAACACUGCGUCUUCUGCCGGAAAUGCUUCCACUUCAGGGACCAUCACUGCUUCUUCCUGGGUGCCUGCGUGCUUCGCCAGAACAUGGGCAACUUUAUACUGUUCUGCUUCUACACGUCUCUGACGUGCCUGUAUUCCUUAUGCGUGCUAGGCCCGUACAUGUACGAGAACAUCAAUCACAUAGUGAAGAACGACGCGGAUUAUCUCAAUAUAUUUCUGAACUUUUGCUUUCCCAUCGCCCUAGCGAAAUUGCUGCAUUCUCGAGAUAGCUCGAGUAUACUUCUAGUCACAACGUUCGACACGUUGAUGUCGAUUCUGUGUAUCUGUCUGGUGCUUGGUAUAUGGAAGCUGCACAGUUGUUUGAGCGGUAAACAACGUUACGUCAACGUGACGGGGAAACAAAGUUUAAAGGAGAUCUUUGGCAGCUAUGGUCUAUCAAACAUUAUCUUUCCAUAUAACGGUCUCAUAGGCACGCGAGAUAUUAAUGGCAAAUAUGAACUAAAGGAAGUGUGAGAAUAGCCGACUAAACGAUGGACGCAGAUUAAAUCUUUAAUACACAUUUUUUUAUUAUGUACUUACGUAGCAAUAAAUACAGUCAUAUGUACAACAUA